AUGUGCUCCUCCUAUCCACUUCUAACCCUCAACCCUCUUGCCGGUUACAGCCUUUUGGCAGCUCUUUAUCCAUCUGCAAUCACCAACCCCCACGGCUUCCGACUUCCAUUCAACCCACACCACCAAAAAAGUUCUCGAAGGCAGUUCUGCUGUGAAGCACUUUGUUACUCACUUUCAGCGGCCAACUACACCAUUGUUGAUGUUCAAUGGGACUUACCCAUCCAGCCCGGCAACGCUUCCUCUGACACCAUCUCCGUCAACGGAACAAUCGAGAACGCGAUGGAUGAAAUGGAAUACCUCCAUCUCGGCCAGAACCAACCCUUCCAAAACUACCUACGAGCCCUUGCUCAAGCUAACACCGCUCAAUACACGGAAGACACGACGGGGUGGGACUGCGACAUCGAGGGUGUCGGAUGCCAAGCAUGGGCUCCAGAAAAAGGUAUUACUUACCUCCGUGGAGUCGAGGGCACCCCCAAAAAUGGCCCUGGGCCAAACGAGUGUGAGCGUGUUAGCUGCGGGCAUGGGGCUACUAUUCAUUGGUGCAAUGAGGUACGGUGGCUACUUGAUACUGGCGUUUGA